AUGAGAUGGGAGAUCACAGGAAUUCCUUGUCCGCAUGCUUAUGCAGUAAUUUUACAUGUUAAAGGUCCGUCUCAAGAGUAUGUGUGUCACUGGUUUAGGACAUCUCUGUGGAGGAUAACCUAUGAUAAAGGUCUCGUUCCACUAAGAAGUGCAAAGUUUUGGCCAGUUGGAGAUGGACCAAGUGUGCAUCCACCUCCUCCACCAGAGGACAAAGGCGACAAGGAGAAUGAUAAAGGCAAGAAGAAAAAAGGUAAAGGGAAAAAAACCAAGUUCAAGAAGAACGAUAAGGAAAGGAAGAAAGGAAAAAAUGAGUCACCAACUAAGAAGAAAACAAAGCUUUUGAAGAGAGUGACGCAUUGUGGAAUAUGUGGAGAAGCUAAUCACAACUCAAGGUUUCAUGGCCCUAAAAAGAAGUCCAAAAAGGAUCCUAAUGACGAGUCUUCUCAGGUUGAUGCUUCUCAAAAUCAUGCUUCCCAAGAUUAUGCUUCUCAAGCUAAUAACAACUCAAGGCCUAAGAAGAAGUCGAAAAAGAAUCCAAAUGGUGAGUCUUCUCAGGUGGAUGCUUCUCAAGAUCAUGCUUCUCAAGUUCAGCAUUCUCAGACUGAGAAUUGGGCUCCAUGGUAA